AUGGUUUUCACAAGAUCGAUGACAAAACGUAUCGAAGCGAUUACCAAAGGUAAUCCGAUUGAUUAUUAUUUGAGCCGAAAAAUACAAACACGAGCUGUUGCGGCAAUCAUCAAAAUCAUUUUCCCGACCAGUGAACGAGUCAAGCGUCCACGAAUCCAACGAAGACUAAGCCAACCAACGCCACAACGGGCACCAGAAGAACUGGGACGAAACCUCCGUCGACGCGCAAUGAGCCAACCACAAACAUUCAAUGGGAAAUUAUUAAUCGCGUUGAAUCCUUGUGAAGAAAUGCCUUUGUACUCGGACGAUGUGAUGUGGAAAUACCGCACAGAAGAUAUUCAAUCACUACCACCGCACAUCUUUUCUAUUGGAAUCAGUGCACUGAACAAAAUGAACAGCAAUAGAAAAUCACAAUGCAUCGUUAUAACCGGUGUAUCUGGCUCCGGCAAAAGUGUCACAGCCAACUAUUUGACACAAUUUCUGUAUGGAGAUGUUAGCAACUACGCCGAACAAAUCAACACAGUUUUGGAUUAUUUUGGGAACUGUGAAACUGCACAAAACCACAACAGUUCCCGAUUCGUCAAGCUAUUAAAGGUGUAUCCUGCUGGUGAACACAAAAAGAUUCAAAUUUCUUAUCAACUUUUUGAGAAAAGUCGUUUACCAAUGCAAUGUAAGACAUCUGGAACAAAUUUUAAUGUCUUUUAUUCUCUAUUUAACGCUCCGAUGGAUAUGAAAGACAAGUUGAAAAUUACACAUUUUUCGAUUUUACCGACAAAAGAAAUGAAUAUGAAAAACAGCUUCGCCGAAUUGGACUCGGCACUCAAAGCAUUGGGAUCAGACAUGCGAGAAUCGAUAUAUACUAUACUUGCAGCAAUCCUGCAUUUGGGAAAUGUAAAUUUUACCACAAACAAUGAAGAUUUCGCGCAGAUCAGUGAUGGUUCAAAACGUAGUGUUCAAUACGCUGCUGAUCUUUUGCACACAGACGCCAAUAACUUGGAGCAAGUUCUUCUACAACGCACUAUGAAUGUAUCAAGUAAUCAAAAUGAUUCGAUUUUGUAUGUAUAA